GCAGGCCUUCCGCAAACGUUGGAUGCUGGGUCCACUCAAAUUGAGACUCAAAUUCAAAAGCCUCCUCUUCCUCCUCCUCCUCCUCCUUCUGCCACGCCAUCUGACGGAGGAGAAGGAAAUGAUGAGGAUGACACCAUCAUGACUCCACCACCUACUACUACUGCUGUCGAUGAGCCGGAACUCGAUAGCAGGAAGGAUGAUGCCAACCACCCGAUUAAUUGGCCUGCUACUUCUUCUUCUUCCACUGCCCCUUCUCCUGAUGAUGAUGCCAGCAUGCCUCAUCAGGCUGCGUUGGAAUCACCUCCACCUCCAGUACCCCUACUCCAACAGUAGCUCUACCAGCAGUGGAAGAGAUGAGUGAAGCCACGCCCAUGACGACGAUGACGACUGUGCCGGUAACACCUUCUCCUCCUCCUCCUCCCAUCGUUGCUCCCGAAUCGUUAUUGACGACGACCUCGACGCCGACUCAACCACCACCACUACCAUCAUCAGCACCGGCACCAGUCGUGGACGAGACAAAUCCUACUGCUACAAUUGCUCCUCCUCCUCCUGCUGUUGAUACUCCUCCAUCCACAUCGUCGACGGAGAUACUCGUGCAAGAAGCAGCAGCAGCUGGCGGCAUCCCAAACAUUCUGGCCGAGCCCCCGACGACCAGCAGGCCGGCUACGAGAAAGGCGCCGCGGAAUCUCAAGGACGUCGACGAUGCCGACGGCGACAGCAAGAAGAAGAAGAAGAAGGAGGAGGAGGAAAAGAAGCAUCACCAGAGCAGUGACAAGAAGAAGGCCCGCGAAGCUAUUCAAGUGUCGUCGUCGUCCAGCAAGACAAACAACAACAACAACAAAAGCAACGAUAAUAAUCAAAAUGUCGAGUCUUCGUCUCCACCUCGUGCUGUGCAUGCUACCAUCAUGAUGAUGAUGAUGAUUGUACCGAUGCUGCUUUUUAUGCUUGACGUCGUCGUCGUCCUUGUCUAG